AUGGGGGGCCCGUGGAGGAGAACAGACGACGCUGAGGUCGCUUCCAGGCUUGGGGCCCCAUCUCCCGCCAACCAUCGAUCGCCAAUCGCUUCCCCUUCUCGCUUGUUCGUGUCGUUCCUUUUCCUCCUCUGUCUCUCUCUGCGUCUUGUCUCUGCUCCCUCCCUCCCUCCUCCCACUCCACCACCACCUCCUGACCGGCGUGCAUUCUCAGCAUCGUCACCUUUCGCUCGUUUCAUAUACCCGCCCGUUUUCAACCUGCUUCCGCUGAUCCAUCUCUUUCGGCGUACCAGAAGCCUGAUACGGGCUCAUCCCAUCGACACCCUUCGGGCUCUGCAGAGGGACCUCGCGGCCAGCCCAUAUUCCUCUUCUUUCCAGCCUCUUACCAUUUCACAAUCCUUCGACUUCACUAGUACAAUCCGGUUACUUGUUUCCUUUGUAUCACUCAAUUCACCAAAGAAAACUCACAACCCGGUCCCCGACGAACACGGAACCCCCUAUCUCUCUCACCACCAAACUCGUUAUCAAAGCGUAUCAAUCUGUUAUAGCAGGGAAAGGGACGGCAUCAAUCGCCGGGAACCGACGAACAACGAAUUUUCAACCACAACUUUGUUUUUACAACACAACACAAUGACGCGAACCGCGCCCAACUGGGGCCCGAAGCGCCUUUUGGCCUUGGCCACCGCAUUUGCUUCUAGCACCCUCGCCGACUCCAUCCUCAAGACCAGCAGCUUCACGACUUGCGGCAACGAUACCGCGAUUUCCGUCCAGAAGAUUGAUAUUCAGUACAACAACGACAACAAGACCGUCACCUUCGAUGUAGCAGGAACGAGCUCCAAGGUUCAGAACGUCACAGCCAUCUUGGAUGUCAGCGCCUAUGGCACUGCCAUCUACUCCAACACCUUCAACCCAUGCGAAGCAGGAACCUUUGUCGAGCAGCUCUGCCCUGUCCCCGCCGGCAGCUUCUCUGCUCGUGGCACUCAGAAGAUUCCUGAUGAGUAUGCCAGCAUGGUCCCGGAUAUCGCCUUCGCAGUCCCCGAUAUCGCCGCUCAGGCCAAGCUUCAGCUCAAGACCCUCGAUACCAACGAAGAGGUCGCCUGCAUCACGUCCCAGGUCACCAACGGUAAGACCGCCAGCGUCGCUGCCGUCUCUUACAUUGCCGCCGGUGUUGCUGGUCUCGCCCUUGUCGCCACUGGUGUGUCUGCAGUCAGCUCUGCUUUCGCUGGAGGCAGUGCCGCCCUCAGUGGCAGUGGCACUGGAGGUGCUGGUACCAUCAGCCCCAGUUUCACAGAGGUUUUCGGAUGGUUCCAGGGCAUGGCCAUGAACGGCAUGCUUUCUGUCAGCUACCCUCCCGUCUACAGCAGCUUCCUCAAGAACUUUGGUUUCUCUUGCGGCAUCAUUCCCUGGACCGACAUGCAGGUCGCUAUUGACAACUUCCGUGGUGCGACCGGCGGUGAUUUGAGCAAGGACAGCGUUGAGAUCCUCAAGAACAGCACUCUCAUUCUCGCCGACGGCUCCACCGUCGACGGUGGCAGCGCCCUAUUCAAGACCAAGCGUGCCGUCGAGACAUUCCAAGCCCUCGUCCUCAGAGAGAUUGAGACCAGCGUCAACGGAACCACCAGCGGCGACUCUGACGACCCGGUCACUACUAUCAAGCAGAAGGUUCAGGGUAUCACUGCCUUUGUCAACACUCUCAGUGUCCCCAAGUCCAACACCUUCAUGACCGUUCUCCUCAUCGUCGCCAUCGUCAUUGCCGCCAUCAUUGUCGGAAUUCUCCUCGUCAAGGUCAUUCUCGAGUUCUGGGCCCUUUUCGGUAACUUCCCUAAGGGUCUUGCCGGAUUCCGUGAGCACUACUGGGGAUCUAUUGCCCGUGCCAUCACCUCGCUCAUUAUGUUGCUGUACGGUAUCUGGGUUUUGUACUGCAUCUUCCAGUUUACCAACGGUGAUUCAUGGGCUGCCAAGGUUCUUGCCGGUGUCAGUUUGGGUAUCUUUACUGGCAUUCUCGCCUUCUUCUCCUACAAGAUUUGGAGCACUGCUCGCAAGCUGAAGCAGGCCGAGGGCGAUGUCAGCGGUCUCUACGAUGACAAGAACAACUGGAUGAAGUACAGCCUCUUCUACGAGUCCUACAAGAAGGACUACUGGUGGAUCUUCGUCCCCGUUAUUGUCUACCUGUUCGCCAAGGGUUGCAUCCUUGCUGCUGGCGAUGGCCACGGCAUGGCACAGACCUCUGCCCAGCUCGUCGUAGAGGGUCUCAUGCUAUGCCUUUUGCUGUGGAGCCGUCCCUUUGAGCGCAAGUCGGGCAACGUUAUCAACAUCACCAUCCAGGUCGUCCGCGUUCUCUCGGUUGCCUGCAUCCUCGUCUUUGUCGAGGAGUUUGGCAUUGCGCAGACCACCCAGACCGUCACUGGCGUUGUCUUGAUUGCCGUCCAGUCCGCUUUGACCGGUGUGCUCGCUCUUCUGAUCAUGUGGAACGCGAUCAACGCCUGCUGCAAGGAGAACCCCCACCGCAAGCGCAGAAAGGAGAUGGAGAAGAUGCAGCGCGACAUGGACACCCUCACUCCUCUGGACGCCCGCAACUCCCUCCUCAUGGACCGCAAGGAUCCCGAGGCCGGUACCACCUUCUCCAUGUCGAGCGUCCCCGAGAAGAAGGACCACCGCCCGGAGUCUCCCGACCACUACAUGGGCGCAGCGGGCAACGCUCCCUACCGCCCUCUGGCGCCAAGCACGCCUUAUGGCAACGCGCACCACGACCACAGCCGCGAGAACCUCGUCCUCGGCGCGGCACCCAUCGCCGACCGGGCGCCAACACUGCCCAACGUGGGCGGCGACUUCAACCACAACCCCCACGGCGGCUAUGGUGGUGGCGGGUACCGGGGAGUAAGUGUGGAAUAUAUCUACGGAUACACACAACAACGUUUUACAACCUCUGCAAACACCAAUGGUUAUGAUAUCGACGGCUGCCUCUCUGUGUUUCUCGUUUCUUUUUGCCUUUUUGUCGUAAAGGAGAAGAGGAAGAAGGAAUUGGAGGGACCCUUGUAUGCAGUCGUUAUCAGCAACUUACACAACCAAGCAGGCCCGAUAUCCCCACAGGGGAUAUACACGUUUUAUGACCGCAAGGUAAUCUUCUUCUUUGGGGUUCAAAAGGCGGAGGACCAUUGGCUCUGGGAGUGUGUUUAUUGUGAUAAGUUCAGGUACAACGGUCUUCGCAGAGGAGUAAGAAACUCAAGGCAGCUCAACAAAGAAAAUGGACGGGCCACUCUUUCUUUCAGCGAGGUUUUUGGUGCACAGUUGCCUCCGUUAGACCGGCGUUGCGAGCAGAAAGGGCUGCCCCUCAUCACCCCACUGAACGUCAUCCCCACGACGGCAACUCAAACUUCCAAAGUUGGUCUCACAGCAUCCCACUUGGCUCAAAGUUGGCGUUACACGGCUCUGAUCGUCUCUGAUCUCUCCCCUCAUCAAACUUUCCUGCAUCUGCAACCAUCGGCUUGGCAUCCCGGCUGCCGCGCUGAAAGUUGCUCUUGCCAGAAAAACCAUCCACCUGUUUUGGCAGAAGCUGUCGGCAGAUCCCAAGGCCAGCCCAACAUGAGUGAGUUGCAAAGAGCUUGGGCCAAGAGGAAACUCGACCCCAUGCAUCCUCUACCGGAGCCCCUCAACGACCUCGACGAGGAACCCGAGACCGAUCAGCUCCCCGAGUUGCCGGAGCACAUGGACGACGGAGACUCCUCCUCGGCCUCGUCCGCCUCCUCCGCUUCUUCUACCGGCACAAUCAUCCCAUCUCCGAGUCAGAACCUCUUUGCUCGACCGCAAGGGCCCGAGGAAGGAAAACAAGUUUGCGCUCACACCAAGACGCUGAUAUCCGCUUCUAGUGUGUCGAGGGGCCGCACGCUGGAGCAAAUCCCGUGGACAACCUACUUUGAGAGAGAAUUGUUCCUGAAGCCCAAGGUCGGAGACGAUGACUCUGCCACCGUGACGUACCACGCCUACCUCAAUUCCCCUGUCGGGAAGGGACCCCUCUUCGUCAUGCACCACGGCGCCGGCUCUUCUGGCCUCUCAUUUGCGGCCCUCUCGUCCGAGAUUAGGAAACGCCUCCCCUCGGCCGGCAUUCUUUCUCCGGAUGCUCGCGGCCACGGCUCGACAGUCAUCACGGACGGCACCGAGCUCGACCUCAAGCUCGACGUCCUGACGGAGGACCUGUUCAGCGUCAUCCAGCUGACAAAAGCCCAGAUGUCUUGGCCUGAACUUCCUCCCGUCAUUCUCAUCGGACACUCGCUGGGCGGCGCCGUCGUCACGGAUCUAGCCAAGUCGGGGAAGCUGGGCAACGCCCUGCUCGGCUACGGCGUUCUGGAUGUCGUGGAGGGCUCGGCAAUGGACGCUCUGCAGAGCAUGCUCACAUAUCUCUCAACGCGGCCCACCGGCUUCGCCAGUUUGCAGUCCGGUAUAGACUGGCAUAUCCGCUCGCGCACCGUCCGCAACUCGGUGUCGGCGCGGACGUCGGUGCCAGCGCUCUUGGUGUACGACGACUCCACCGACCCGACGAGGCCGUGGCGGUGGCGAACGGAUCUGGCGGCGACGCAACCGUUCUGGGAAGGCUGGUUCGUCGGCUUGAGCAAGAAGUUCCUCGAGGCGAGGGGUGGAAAACUGCUUUUGCUGGCGGGUACGGACAGAUUAGACACGGAGUUGACGAUCGGUCAGAUGCAGGGCAAGUACGCAUUACAAGUGUUCCCGGAAGCCGGACAUUUCAUCCAAGAGGAUCUACCAGAGAAGACGGCGCUGGCAGUCGUGGACUUUUACAGGCGGAACGACAGAAGUGCCUUGGUGUUGCCGCCCAAGCAAAAGCAUACAGCCGCCCUUUUCUUUUCUCGUACAUUCAUAGUUAUACCCCUAGCUUUCGUGAGCUUGGUCAAGCAGAUGAAAGGCAAUCUAUGCGAUGGAUCUACCACCGAGUCUAGCAAACGUUCCAGUACAUCUCAUUACUGUGUGACCCUGAACCUCUCCCAGCUCUCUGCCAUACCAAACAUCGACUUUGAUAAGUCUACGCCUAGCGAAGCAGUCGUUUCUCCGAGCAUGUUGCUGCCCUUUGACCGUCUCUGGCCCUCAUUGAGAUCCUUUCUUUCGGCACCGGCCUGUCUGGCCAACUGGGCAUCCAUUGGUUACAUUCCAUUCUGUGGUGAGAUCCUCUUCUCCGUACCCUCCGAAAGCCCGAUAGGCGCAUACCUCUUGGCCCUUGCCGUCGGGUCGUUUGAUGAGUAUCUCGUCGCGCGAAAAGCGACUGGCGUGGUUGUCGCAGAUUUUCUUACUCGGAGAACAACUCGAAUCAGAGACCGCUUCUUCGCCCUGCUGACUGGUGUUCCAGAUUGGGUCUUGAGGGAUUCCGGGAGUCAUAAGGGCGUAAAGCUUGACUCUCUCCCAAUCGUGAACCGGCUUGAGGAAAUCAUUCCUGACCCUGGGACCCCCAACCGGAUCUAUUUAAAGGUGGGAGUCAAGCGCUUUGUAAUUACGGUAGAGCGAUCGCGCUCAAGGCAAGCUGAUCUUCCCUCGUUCUCGUCAGCCAAGUCCAGGAACGUUCAGGACUGCUCAUGCUGGGACUCGAACUCGAACUCGGAGCCUGUCGUCGACCAGUUUGACCUGACCCGUCGACCCAGACGGGCGCCUGCUGGCUGCACCUCAGGUUUGUUUACCUUGAUCGAGAUGCGCCACCUACCUGUCGUACCCGGCAUAGAACUCAGCGAUGUAGAUUGCUUGCUUCGAAAGGGGAUAAAAGGUUGA